UGUUACGUGUUACAUGUAACAGAAGCAGUCAGAUGAUGUGCAGAAGAAAACAGGAAGCGUGUUUCAUUCAGGACGAAUUGUUUAAUAUAAUAUUAAUGUCGUUGUAACAUCAGAGCUACAAAUAUUUAUGUUUAUGCUUUGCUGUAGACGUUUUAAUUCCUUUUCUUCUUGUAAUUCGGGACGUUGCAUUUAUACAAGUAGCAAAGAGCUUUAACGUCAGUCUUUUGAAAGGUUAAGUUAAAUAUAUCGAAGCUCUUUUCCUGUUAUAUUCUUCUGUUUAUGGUAUUGCUGUUCUAUAUAUAGACUAGAUACCGUUUAGUGUAUUGAGUAAGCAUCUUUAUUAGCAUGGCUUCUUCGUUUAAAAUCGGAGAGAAAUUUCAUAAGGUGGUGAAAGAUUUAAUGAACAAAGAGUCUUCUAUAUCGCAAGAAAUAAGGGAAGAAUUGGAGAAGCUCAAAAAUCAGUCCACAGUACCAUUCAAGACUGUGAGGAAACUCCACAAGCUUCUGCAGGCAAAUGCACACCCAGUAUAUCUACAUGAGCUGCUUGAGGACAGCACACUUUACCUCCCAGAAGUUAUAACACCUCCAAGGAAUCCCCAGCUGGUGGCCAGGCUAGAAAAGAUUAAAGCCAAACUAGCCAAUGAAGAAUACAGGAGAAUUACACGGAAUGUUAAUCCACAGGAAAUUUGUCAUCAUGGAACCUUUGCAGACUUUGGAAGACAAGUGCGUUCUGUGAAGGCAGUGGUCCUUACUGUAUUCAACUUCCUGGUAACUGUAAUUGCUGCAUUUGCCUGUUCAUAUCUGGGCAGCCAGUAUAUCUUCACUGAGACAACAGCGAGGGUAAUAGCGGCAGUGAUUGCAGCAUCUGUUGUUGGUCUGGCAGAGCUUUACGUUCUGGUUCGAACUAUGGAGGGAGACCUUGGAGAGCCCUAAAACAGAUAGCAUCUCUUAACACGUCAAACGCUUUUGUGUCUUUCAGUUACUAGGAACAUUUUACAGAUUGUUACGACUGUCAGUGGGGAAGUGUGAGUUUUUCCUGUGCCUCCAGUGGUUUCCGUUUUGUAAACAGUCAAAAUUAAACUAAGGUGCCAUGUUUGGAAGCAUAUUUACUUGAUAUUACUUACUUACUAUAAGGUAUUUAACUAUAAUGAAUUACUUGCCCAGCAAUGAGAUUAGUCUUUUGGAAACCACUUCUUCGAUUGGAAGGCACUUUAAAGUACUUUUCGUAAUGUUAUGUUUUUAUUUGUUAUGUUAGUCUUUGUGUUGUGUACAUGAUUGUAAAUUCAAAUGAAUAAUAAAGAUAAUACAAAUGAUAACUAAAAACAA